AUGGCCUGUUUCAUCAAAUUAAUUCGUCCAGGAGAGUACAGUAUAUCUUAUCAGCGUCGCGUGCUUCCCCGCGGUGGUGUGUUCGUCCACACAGGCGCCUGGUACGACGGCUGGGAGACGCGGCGACACAACCCUGAACCGUACGACUGGGUCGUGAUCAAGCUGGGCGUUGCGAGCGGCGCCAUCGAGGGCGUCGAGGUCGACACGGCUUAUUUCGUGGGGAACUACGGCGAGAAGGCGGCGCUGCAGGCUACGUAUGCCCCGGAUGUCAGCGACGAGGAGGUCGCCAAACCUGACUACCAGGGGUGGACGACCAUCCUGCCUCUCCAGCCCUGUGGCCCCUCGCAGCGUCAGGCCUGGAAGCUCGACAACUACGACCCGGCCGACCCGAACCCCUACACGCAUGUCCGUCUGCUGAUGUACCCCGACGGAGGGUUCGCCCGGUUGCGGCUCUACGGCCAUGCCAUUCCCCCGCCAUUGCCUCCUGCUGCUGCUUCUAACCCGACGGCACGUCCGGUGGAAGAGCUCUCGUCCGCGCGCUGCUGGGAGGCCUGGCGCUCGCGGCGUCAGAUCAACACUACACGCCGUGCUCGAACCUGCUGCUUCCAGGCCGGGGCAAGGACAUGGGUGACGGCCACGACCACCCCGGAUGGGUGGAGCUGGUCAAGGGGGAAAAACCCACCCACCCAGGCCGACACGGAGCAUGUCUUCGAGGGCGCCGAUCUGGCGGCCGGUGGUGAGGACACCCGCGUCUUCACGCACGUCAAGCUGACCCUCGCCCGGACGGAGGAGUGA